AUGGAGCCAGCCACCCGACCGAAAGCUGAUGCCAAACGCCUCACAGAUCUGGGGCGCAUGCCGGGGAACAGCACUGGCUACGUCUCUUCAGACGAUGAGGCCUACGAGAUCCAAGUCGCAGGGAACAAGACCGCCUUGGUGCAGCCUUUUACCUUAAUCACCCGGGCCAAAGAUCUGCCCGGGAGCCAUCCGAUGGCUCCGAAACAGCCGCCGAGACCUCCGGACCAGGAAGAGGUGUCUUGGAAAGUGGUCAUCCUGGUUUACGCGAUAGUCUCCAUCUGCUGUCUCUAUGUCGGUGGGCUUUACUAUGGCACCAAGGCCUGGGCCGUCCGGUCUGAAGAAGAGCUUCUGCAGGCCAGCGUGCUGCAUCCUCUCUUCAACACUGAGGAGCACUUUGCGCCGGAGUACUGGCAGGCUUCUAUGCAGCAGAAGGAUCGUCUGGAGGCACUGACAACCGCAACACAUGCGACUGCCCAAGCUCUGCAAAGCGUCGGCGUGCCCGCCUUCCUGGAGUCUGCUGGACUGAUCGGCUGGCUGCGACACAAUCGGUCACAGCUGCCUUGGGACUCCGAUGGUGACCUUGGAAUCCUCGAAGCCGACUGCAUCCAAGCUGGUGCCAGCAAGGAGUCGCUGAGCAAAGCAGUGGGAGAAGACUUCGCGGUGCUCAAGUUUGCGUGCACUUGCGAAGAGGACUGCGCCGGUGACAACAAGCGUAUGGUCGGCCGUGUGGCUCACCGGACAACUGGUGUUUGCAUCGACAUUUUCGCGUAUGCCCCGGUCAAAAAGAGCCGAGCAUGGCAGAAGGAGCAAAGGUACUCAGACAUUGAGUGGUGGGAGCGGGUCAACGACCAUGCUGACUUCACGUUUCCCAAAGACUCCUUGCUCCCCCUGCAGCAAGACACCUUCGCGGGCGCACCGAUGACGAUCCCUGCAAAGCCACGGGAGUUUCUCAGCUGGGAGUACGGACAAUGCCUGGGCGCGCACGUGUGGCCCUGGAGGAUUCUGCUGUACUCGCCUUCCAGCGACACGCUGGCAUUCAUCCUAGCAGCGAAGGGGGCCGUCUUCAUGCUCGGAGGUGCAGGAAUGGAUGCUCUGCCGGCAACGAUGGUGAUCUUUUGCUCUGCAGCAGCGGUGACUUUCCUGAGGGGUGGCCUCACGUUGCUGGCAGUGCUUGGGAUCUGCGCUUGCGAGUUUCUUGUGGUGAGCAUAAGGCCUGCGCUCUGCAGCUUUCGCAAGCUCCACUCUGCCUUGAUCGUUCUUGCAGUCGCCGUCUGCGCUCAAGGCCUCCAGGGCUGCUUGGAGCAGCUCCUUUGCCAGGUCGACGAUUUCUACUUGCACCCACGGCGACCGAAGUCCUGGACCCUCUGCGUGCUGGGCACGUGUUGGGACUUUUGA